AAAACUGAGGACGCAUCUGUAGUGAUCCAUCCUCUCACCCCCCAUGGCGACCGUGCUCUCCCGACUCUACCACGAGCUAGGUCUUGGCUCUGUUUGGGAUUCGGGCAGAGAUGUCUGGUUGGUACUCCUCGCUCGGAGCGCCCGGAUGUUUGCGUAUGGCGCCAACUCACUCAUCCUCGCCUUGUUCUUCUCGCAAUUAUCAUUUUCCGACUUUCGCAUCGGUGUCUUUAUGAGUUUGACCCUGCUGGGAGAUGUUGUCUUGACAGUCGCCCUGACUACGACGGCUGAUCGCUAUGGACGACGUCGAACGAUCUUGCUCGGAUCGGUCCUCAUGGUCAUCUCAGGGUUGGCAUUCGUUUUGGUCGAGAAUUUUUGGAUCCUGCUCAUGGCCGCCGUGAUAGGCGUCAUCAGCGCCUCGGGCGGGGACUUUGGUCCGUUCAGAGCCAUUGAAGAGUCCAUGUUGUCGCAGAUAACCACAGGUAAAGCUCGAAACAAUGUCCUGGCGUGGUAUGUGACGACGGCGAGUCUUGGCUCUGCCAUAGGAACCGAAACCUCGGGUCGAAUGGUCGACGGACUGCUCUCACAUGGGUGGUCUCGACUCGAUGCAUACCACACCAUCUUUGGUCUUUACGUCAUGAUGGGCGCUCUGAACGCUGUCCUGGUGCUUCUGAUGGGUGAUCGACUGGAAGCUGCCCGACCUGUCGCGCCAGAAGACGAGAUGAUGCUUCUGGAGGAGGAGCCUGGAACCAAGCCUCAGCCUCAGCCUCAGCCCCAGGCCUCCUCCCCCUGGUCCUUGUCUCUGUCAACCCGUACCGUCAUGUACAAGCUCUGGCCGCUUUUGGCGCUCGACUCGGUCGCCGAUGGCAUGGUCAGCUACUCACUCACGACCUACUACCUCGAGCAAAAGUUUCACACCACAACGGCAACACUAGGCGAUAUCACUUCCGUGUCUUACUUUCUCGCCGCCGCGUCGACCAUCUUUGCCGGUCCACUGGCCAAUCACAUCGGUCUCGUCAACACGAUGGUCUUUACCCAUGUCCCAUCCUCAGCGGCGGUUCUCCUCUUCCCACUCCCCUCACAUCUCGUUCUCACCGUCAUACUCUUCUUCAUCCGGACUGGUCUCAACAAUAUGGAUCAAGCGCCACGUUCUGCAUUCAUUGCCGCCGCCGUCAAGGCAGAGGAGCGCACAGCGGUCCUGGGUCUCACAUCAACGAUACGAACUCUGGCAGCCACGGCGGGGCCAAGCAUCACGGGCAUCCUGGCGCAGAGUGGCCGAUUCUGGCUCGCAUUCGUGGUCGCUGGCGCGUUCAGAUUGCUUUAUGACUUUGGGUUAUGGGCGUUGUUUAUCAAUAUGAAGAUAGAUUGAAUGAUCAAUUUCUAAAUCUUGUCCCUUCCCACGCCAGUGAGCCAGAGUAAUUUCCAAACGGUCACUAUGGGAACCUUGACAAUCGUCUGCUGAAGACGGGGAUUCCCCUUGGCGGCAUACUUCGCAAUGAGAAUGUUGCCCAUGAAGCAGACCAUGACCAUGAGGUACACUGUCCAUCUCAGCCAGGUCCCCCAACCCAUUU